UCUUGCCAGUAGUGACGCGUAGUAAGAUGGGCUCCUAUUCGCUAACUGUAGAGUUGGAGCCAAUAGGAUAACGGGAUGGGAAGAGGUGACUGAAGUGAGGGCUGGCAUAGGGCAGGUGCCAUGUUCCUGGUCGGCUUGUCGGGGGGGAUUGCAUCUGGUAAAAGCACUGUUGUAUCAAUCCUCCGGGAACUAGGCUGUGGCGUGAUUGAUGCAGACGUCAUUGCCAGACAAGUGGUGCAGCAGGGCACUCCAGCUCACAGUCAGAUUGUAUUCCAUUUUGGAGAGGAAGUACUGUUAAAGAAUGGGGAACUUGAUCGAGAUAAGAUGGGAGCCAUUAUCUUUUCCAACCCUGAGAAGAGGGCUCUACUCAAUUCCAUCACCCACCCUCCUAUACGCCGAGCCAUGCUGAGACAGACGCUCUGCUACUUCUUCAUGGGGUACAAAUAUGUAAUCCUUGACAUCCCACUGCUGUUUGAAUCCAGGACCAUGACACGCUACAUGAAACACACUGUUCUUGUUUACUGUGACCCCCAAACUCAGGUUGAGAGAUUGAUUCGGAGAAGUGGCCUCUCCCGGGAGGACGUCCAGAAACGUUUGGCUGCCCAGCUCCCAAUUGAUAGCAAAUUACCACUUGCUGAUCAUGUCAUCGAUAACUCAGGUGACCGGGAGAGCACGCGGCGGCAAGUCCUUCAACUCCACCAUCGACUGGAGUCUUCACUAGGAUACCUUCCAACUCGCAUUGCCGCUGUGGCAGUCGCUGCUGGUUUGGCGACGCUGAUAUGGAGCCUGUUAAGACGGAUAUGGCAGUGAACACCAGCCAAUCCAGAAUGAUCUAUUGACUGUGAUCAUAGAUUUUUUUUUUUAGCUUUCUUUCCUCUUGUAAUUGCCUUUGAGAGGAUUUUACCUAAUUUUAACAAUGUAUUUCCAGAUUAAGGGCUCAUGCACACGACUGUAUUUAUUUUGCGGUCCGCAAAAAUUACGGAUGACGUCCGUGUGCAUUCCGUAUUUUGUGGAACGGAACAGCUGGCCCCUGAUAGAACAGCACUAUCCUU